UAAAUGUGUUCACUAACUCUCGAGGCCUCAAUCAAGCGGUGCUAGCCACCUUCAGUACUUUUGGCUGAGUUUGAGAUCUGAAUCUAGAGCUAUAGAGCCAUGGCAGAGGAAAAGAAAACAACAAUUAUGUGGAUCAAGGUCGACCUUCAAUGCCAUCGCUGCCGCAAGAAGAUCAAGAAAGUGCUCUGUAAAAUCCCUCAAAUACAAGACCAGUUGUACGACGAGAAGGGAAACUACGUGAUAAUAAAAGUGGUAUGCUGCAGUCCUGAAAAGGUAAAGCAAAAGAUAAUUUGCAAGGGUGGUGUUACCAUUAAGAGCAUCGAGAUCAAGGAGCCUGAGAAGAAGACCGAGCCACCACCAAAGAAGGAGAACCCACAAGGAGUACCUGCUGAGCAUGUGAAGAAGCCACCAGAAACAGGGAAGACACGACAAAAGAAAGACCCUGAACCGGUUUUUGUUCCUGUACGGCCGACUUGUUGUACGGAGUGCUCUGAGGGUCAUGGUGGGGGCCCAUGCCUUUAUGGUCCUGGUACUAGGCCAUGGCCACCAUUAACACCAAAGCUUCCUUUACUUGUGCCGGUUUACCCGAGUGGGUUUCGGACUUGUUGUACGGAAUGCAGUGAGGGUCGUGGUGGGGGGCCAUGCCAUUAUGGUCAGGGUAGGCCACCCCCAUGUUAUGAUGGCUACUACUAUGGAAGGCCCAUUUAUGAUAGUUAUGGUGGCGGGUAUAGAUGUGAAGAAACUUCCUAUGGAUGCACCAUCAUGUAAUUAUUGGAAUUUGCAUGCAUGCAUGAUGAUAAUGGUGAUCAUGUUCAAGUUGCCUACUUGCAAGAAAAAAAAAAUGUUCUAGUUGCCUUUGUUAUCACAUGGUCCGGCCGGUUUUUUUUUUUUUUUUUUUU